UCAACUCGGCCUGGAGAGCGCCAGCUAGAACGGGACUGGGGGGCUUUAACUGGGGGGCGCGGUCUGUCUGGUCCGCCCCACCCUCCCUACAUAAAAGACCGAGCCCACCCGGCCGUCGCCCUCAGCCCAUCGGUUCCGGACUAAGUUUCAGGUGGCCCUGCACAGGGUGUGGAAGGGGAACACCGUCAGACCCACUGACGUACAUCCAAACCAGCAAGAAGCUAACGAGGCACCAUGCGAGAGAUCGUGCACAUCCAGGCGGGCCAGUGCGGCAACCAGAUCGGCGCUAAGUUUUGGGAGGUCAUCAGUGAUGAGCACGGUAUCGACCCCACUGGCAGUUACCAUGGAGACAGUGAUUUGCAGCUGGAAAGAAUCAAUGUAUACUACAAUGAAGCCACUGGUAAUAAAUAUGUACCUAGGGCCAUCCUGGUGGACCUGGAGCCGGGCACAAUGGACUCAGUCAGGUCUGGGCCAUUUGGGCAGAUUUUCAGGCCAGACAACUUCGUGUUUGGCCAGAGUGGUGCAGGAAAUAACUGGGCAAAGGGCCACUACACAGAGGGCGCUGAGCUGGUGGACUCCGUCCUGGAUGUAGUGAGGAAGGAGUCUGAAAGCUGUGACUGUCUCCAGGGCUUCCAGCUGACCCACUCACUGGGGGGAGGCACUGGCUCAGGCAUGGGGACCCUGCUCAUCAGCAAGAUCCGAGAGGAGUACCCAGACCGAAUCAUGAACACCUUCAGUGUCAUGCCCUCACCCAAGGUCUCUGACACUGUGGUGGAGCCCUAUAAUGCCACCCUCUCUGUGCACCAGCUGGUAGAGAACACAGAUGAAACCUAUUGUAUCGACAACGAGGCCCUGUAUGACAUCUGCUUCCGCACCCUCAAGCUGACCACACCCACAUAUGGCGACCUCAACCACCUGGUGUCAGCCACCAUGAGUGGGGUGACCACCUGCCUGCGCUUCCCAGGCCAGCUGAAUGCAGACCUGCGCAAGCUGGCUGUGAACAUGGUGCCCUUCCCACGCCUGCACUUCUUCAUGCCAGGCUUCGCACCUCUGACCAGCAGAGGCAGCCAGCAGUACCGAGCCCUGACGGUGCCUGAGCUCACUCAGCAGAUGUUCGACUCCAAGAAUAUGAUGGCCGCCUGCGACCCACGCCAUGGCCGCUACCUGACUGUGGCCGCCAUCUUCCGUGGCCGCAUGUCCAUGAAGGAGGUGGAUGAGCAGAUGCUCAACGUGCAGAACAAGAACAGCAGCUACUUCGUGGAGUGGAUCCCCAACAACGUGAAGACGGCCGUGUGUGACAUCCCUCCUCGAGGCCUCAAGAUGUCAGCCACCUUCAUCGGCAACAGCACCGCCAUCCAGGAGCUGUUUAAGCGCAUCUCGGAGCAGUUCACUGCCAUGUUCCGACGCAAGGCCUUCCUGCACUGGUACACGGGUGAAGGCAUGGACGAGAUGGAGUUCACCGAGGCAGAGAGCAACAUGAAUGACCUGGUGUCUGAAUACCAGCAGUACCAGGAUGCCACGGCUGAUGAGCAGGGCGAGUUCGAGGAGGAGGAGGGCGAGGAUGAGGCUUGAGUUCCCCAGGCCAAGAAGGUUAGGGAAAGCUGAGAUGAAAGCAGGGGGUGGGGGGCUUAUCCGUGAAAAUAACUUGGCAGUUGAAGGAAGAAAGAUGGUCUUAGGUUUGUGCUGGGUCUCUGGUGCUCUUCACUGUUGCCUGUCACUUUUUUUCUCUUUUUGUAAUAUUGAUAACAUCAAUGUAACACUUGAGAUCUUUCUGAACUCCUGUUGUAAUGGCUAAAAUCACAUAAACCUUUGUGUCCUAACGG